AUGAGAGAAUGGGACCUUUUAGUUUCCUCAGCAGGAAAUGAUGGACCUACUCCUGGUGUAGUUGGAAAUACAACCCUAUGGAUUCUCACGGUUGCUGCUAGCGCCAUCAGCAGGGAUUUUCCAUCUAAUGUCUUCGUGGGAAGUAACAAACAAUACAAGGGCCUGAGUUUCAAUGCUAAUACUCAACCUGCUGGGAAGUUUUACCCCUUGAUCAAUUCAAUGGAUGUUAAAGCUGCCAAUGUCUACAGUGACCAGGCAAGAUUUUGCCUUGUUGGAUCUCUUGAUGCAAUGAAAGCGAGAAAAAAUUGUACUCGCAAUGAACACCAUGAUGAAGAAAAGGGUUCGGUGGUUCUUCAAGCUAGUGGUAUGGGGUUGAUACUUGCUAAUCCAUUGAAUUACUCGUCGUGUAUAAUGACUUCGGUACAAUAAACUAGAACUAGAUUUCUAGUUUUUCUAAAGAGUAGAGGAAUCGGUCGACCGGUUAAAACAAGGAAAUCAGUCUAUCAGUUGAGAACUAGUUAAGUUGGUAUAAUUACUUUUCCUGAUCAUAUUAGGUUUUUCUAUGUUUAGUUUAAUUUUUU